CAAAACAGGUGCUUCUCCCACUCUGUGACGUCAUCGCGAAUGGAGAUUUGUGUAAACUCGACCUUUCUCGGAUUCCAAGAUGGCGUUGCAGAGAGCUGAGUCCUAAGAUAUGGGUGAGCGAAGGCCUGAAGAAUUGUGUGCCCAGGCGUGUGAGCAUCUGUGUCGUCAGGAAUACGAACGAGCCCUGCACUGCUGUGAUGAGGCAGUGGCUGCGUUGCCCAACAUCUCUCCAUUCCCCACCUCCACCCCUUCAGAUGAGGCUGUCCGGCUUCAGGCAUCGCUCUACAGGAUCUCCGCUCUCCUUCAGCUGAAAAAGUAUAGUGAGGCUGAAGAAGACUGUAAAAGUGUGCUAUGCAUUCAUGAGGUCCUUCGUGACGGUUUGCUGAGAGACGUGUUGGUGACUAUGUUGUUGGAAGGGAGAUUGAAGGAGGUGUAUCAUGCACUGUACAACUGUGAAGGUGUAGACUGUGUGAAUGGAGAAUCCAUGCAAACCUUUAGACAGCUGCUGUUACUGCUAACAGAAACCCAGGUUUCAAGUAAUGCUGCUAGAGUUUCACCAGAACCUGUGAAUCAAGGUAUUCAUAUUGAUCAUCGGUGGAAGUACAGACCCCCACCUCGAGGAGUUUUAGGGUUAGACGAAUAUACAAUAUGUUGCAGGUUUCUGCAGUAUGGCUCUUGCCACUAUGGUGUGCUGUGUCUCUUUGCACACUCUCACGGUGAACUGGUGGAGUGGCGGGAGCGUCACGUUUACCGCAGGCUGCAGGACCAGCAGACCAGGGAGGAGCUGCAGCACUGUGGGAGCUAUGGGGAAAACCUAAUUGAGAAGUGGAUCAGCAACCCCAGUCCUGACAAAGUGGUCAGUGGAAGUGUGGACGGUGUGACAGUGGAUUGUGUCCCUGAGCUCAAUCAGGUUGCAAAGGAUAAAAAGUGCACCCUCAGCUGGAUGCUGCUUUUAAACUGUAAUCCUCCCCGUUUGCUGCACCGCGUGGCCCUGCUCAGCGACCUGCACCGCUCUCACUUCAGCAUCUCGUCGGUGGCAGCGGGCUGCUCUGACAGCCUGCAUCCCUACUCCAUCUCGGAGCAGUGCCAGGAGUGGAGCCGGGACCUGAGUGGCCAGAACCGCAUUAAAGAGCACGUUUACCAGGUCACGGUGCGCUUCUGCACGGAGAUCUUCGGGAACUUCCAACAAACCGUGGUGUUUGACUUCGGGACUGAGCCAGUGUUGAUGCAGACCGUUUCUGCAGCUGUGUCCUUAGAUGAAGACGUAGAAGCGAUAUUUCACCAGCAGCAGCAGUCUCUCCUGCUGUCCCAGCGAUGGGACCCAACCUGCAAGCACAUCGCUGUGGUGGAGUUCCAGCCUCGGGAGCUCUCUGACCUCGACCAGUCCCUGCUGCUGAACUACGAGAUCCCCGCUGCUGCAGACCAGCUGUUCACACGCUCCGUGCUUGACAAAUCCCUCAACAUGCACAACUACUACUCCCGCUUCCAUGACCUGCUGUACAUAGAGGAGAACGCACAGAGCAAGGAAGUCAGCAAGUUUAAUAUCCAAGCCAGUUUGCACAUUGUGAGCGGCUCCUCUGUGCCGGGUCACCCUGGCAGUGCCAGGCAGCUCCUGAACGGGCAGCUGUUUGCCAUCUUGAAUCUGAGUGGCACUGUGAUCACCAGGGACACGGCAGCGGGCAGGCUGGUGACAGACACGGUGACCAGCGUGCUGCUGAUGCCCGUGGGCCGAAGGAAGGGGCCUUGCCCUGCCCCAGGCAGCAAGGAGAAGGUGUACGAAGCCUUGCUGGAGGACCGCAGCCGAGAAUACCUGCUGCUGCGACUUGCAAAGGAGUGCUGCGAGGACCUGAAACUGCAACCAGACAAGGACCUGCUGGUAGAGCUGCAGUUUCAGCUGAACCGUUUGCCACUCUGUGAGAUGCACUAUGCGUUAGAUACUUUCCAGGACUGCAGCCUGCUUUUUCCAGAUCUAUCCACUGUCGUUUUACCACCUCCUUUAAACAGUGAUGACGGUUUAGAAAUGAGGCUCAACCCACGACAGAGAGAAGCUAUCCAGGCCAUCGCCGCUCCGCUGUCCCUGAGACUGCCCCCUUUAAUAAUCACAGGGCCAUCAGGCACUGGGAAGACCUUCACACUGAUUCAGGCGGUCAAGUUACUGCUGAGGGACACUAAAUGCAGGAUUCUCCUGUGUACGCACUCAGAACCCGCUGCUGACAUCUUUGUAAAAGAUCAUCUAAACUUUCAUGAUGGUCCUGGCCUCCCAGAAGGCUGGCUCUUGAGAAUCCACAACAAGAACAAGCCGGUGAAAUCUGUACUUCCCGCAGUGCAGCGAUUCAGUCUGAUCACUCGCAGUCGUACAUCCUUCCUACUGCCGACCAAGGAGGACGUUGUAAAGAGCCGUUUGGUGGUGACGACAGUCAGCCUGUCCAAACACCUCACCCAGCUUGGCCUCGGCAUUGGUUAUUUCACACACAUCUUGCUGGAUGAAGCUUCGUACGCCACUGAGUGCGAGUCACUUCUGGCUUUAGCGCUGGCUGAUGAAUCCACGCGGGUUGUGCUGGCUGGAGACCCUGCUCAGCUAGCCCCGGUUGUGUACAGCGAGUUUGCCCGGGAGCGAAGCCUCCAUGUCUCCUUGAUAGAGCGGCUGUCUCAAUUCUACCCACCCGACAGCUGCUGCAGGAUAGAAUUAUCUGCACACUACCGAUCACAGGAGACUAUUAUAAAUCUUGCCUCUGAGCUGUUCUAUGGAGGAGAUUUGAGAGCAGCUAGUAAACAGCCGGCCCACAAAGAAUUCUUUCCACUCUCUUUCUUUGCUGCUUGGGGAAUGGACAAGAACUGCUACAGCUACUACAACUUUGCAGAGGUGUUGGAAAUAGCUGAGCAGGUAGAAGAGCUCCAGAAGAAGUGGCCAGUAGCCUGGGGCAAGCUGGAUGAGAACAGCAUCGGAGUGGUGACUCCGUACGCCAGCCAGGCCGUCUGCAUCCGAGCCGAGCUGCACAAACGCAAACUGCAGGACGUAACCGUAGAGCAAAUACUCAACGUUCAAGGCCGUCACUUCAGGGUGCUGUUUCUGAGCACAGUGCGGACGAGGCACACCUACAAGGAGCCCUCGGCGGUGGUGAAGCGGAAGGACCAGCAGCAGGAGGAGACGGCCGAGGACCUGGAGUACGGCUUUCUGUCCAGCUCCAGGAUGCUGAGUACCGUGCUGCCUCGCGCCCAGUCCCUGCUGGCCGUGGUGGGAGACCCCGUAGCACUCUGCACCAUUGGGAAAUGCCGGAAGAUCUGGGAGCGGAUCAUCUUGCUGUGCCACGAACGUGGCAGCCUCCACGGAGUGGCGCUGCACGAGAUCCACACCCAGCUCGAUAACCUGGAGCUGAGCAGGAGCUGUGUGCUGAACCCCCUCGCACCCGAGUUCAUCCCCCGGACUCUGCUGCACCCAGCCUUCUCCCGCAGACUGCAGGCAUCCUUUCCACGGCUCAGCGCUAGAAGGCCUCAAUUUCAGCGCUUCAAGCCCCCAGGACAAGCAGAAGUUUAUGGACACAACAGCCCUGCGGGGCUUGUCGGCAGCCCAGUUUGCUCCUUUCAGUUUCCUUCCGGGCGCCACUCCAUCUUUGGGAAAUCGGCGAGCCCCCUGCAGAGAAGUGAUCCCCAGGGCAGGAACAACAUUGUGUGCGUCCCUCCUUACAGGAGCCGCUUCGUCAUGCCAGUACCUGUGCCCUGCUCUGGCUACCAGAACCGGUUACCGCUAGACCCGCGGAUCAUGGCCUGUCAGGCAGCUGUGGCCUAUAAUAUCAACCUGUUACAAAACCAGGGCCGCCUGUCUCCUGGACCCUUUGUCUCUGGACCUCUCUCUCCUCACCAGACAUACCAGUCAUCCAUAGAUGGCAGUGUGGAACACAGCAAAACAGGUCGAGAAGAAAUGCUUCCAGGUUUUGAGACUGUGAAGCUCUGGAAGGAAAAUGAAAUGAAAGAAAAGUAUUUAGCAAAUCUGGACUCUCUAGGUGGGAGUCCCUUCUGGUUGUCAGAGGGUCAGAUGGACAGAAGCUCGGCUCCGAAGUUCGGCCAUAGUGCCAAGCCAUAUUUCAACAGCUCCUUCUCCGAGGUGAAGUCUCACCACAGCUUCAGUCCGCAGGGUCUCCACAGCCCCAGCAGAUUCCCCGGAAACCCCAGCAUGGACGGCCUUCCCUACAGCCUGGACAGGACCCCCCUGCCCUUUGCCUCCUCCCCUGAGCCCUGCCGCUCGCCCCUGCUGGGCCGCAUGGAGCACAUCAGGAGAAGCCCCUCCCCAGCACCCCUGCUUCCUCACCUCUCUCCAGGACUGAGCAGCCCCGGGGUCACCGCCCCACAAGGGAGCCCCCAGACAAACCUACAGAACGACACCCACGUAAACUCUGCAAUGAGGGAGAAUGUGCAAAGUUCUGACAGAUGUAUCUCCAAGUUCAGCCAGUGGAUGGAGCAGUGUGGUGACCUGGUCAAUGACCAUCCUAAUCAUCAUCAUCAUCAUCAUAGUGUUCCUCAGUCUCUGAACAUGCACAGCCCUCUAGUCCAGAAUCAUGACGUCUUCCGGCUCUCAUCCCAGCACGAUGCAAAUCAUAUCGACAGCUAUCACGGGGAUCCCAACUUAUCUGUACACGAGAGUUUUGAACAGCAUGCUCCUUGGAAUGACCCCAGAACCACGGCACAAUCUGCAGAGAUCUCCCCCAAAGUCAAGUUGUUCCCGUACUGCUCCUCAUCGACUCGGCCCCUGUCUCCUCUCCCCUCUCCGAUGUGCUACGAGCGGAGCCUCAAGCGCAUCUCCCACUUCGGCAAGCUCGAACACGGGCCCUCCCCUUACACACCGGAUCACAAGCAGAAACUCUUUCACUUCCCCAACUACCCGCUGCCCGAAUUCGGAUCAGCUGUCCACUCCAACUCUCCCCACCUCCCCUCCUCCGUCUCUCCAGUCUCCGCACGUAUGCUGCUGCAGCCGCCCCUAAACACUCACAAUGUGGUCACAGUCAUUGGAGCCGACCUGGGAUCAGCACAGCACGGUGACCCACACUGCCAUCAUGAGAGAGACUUCUACGCCAGCCCAAAGCAGUUUCAGAGGGAAUCCGAGAUUGACGUCCGGACAGUGGGCCGACCGCUGUACCAGCGAGGCUUUCCAUCUACCCUGCAGGAGUCUCCCUCCUCCCAAGCCAGCCAGGAGCCCAGCCCCUUCUGUAGCCCGGACCUGCUCUCACCCGCCUCCACAGGGGGCCAGCGGGCUGUGGAAGAGACCGAGGACAGUGCCUUCAGCCCCAUGGAGAGCAGUGAAGGCCAGGCAGCUCUGCAUGCUCAGGACUGCGCAGACUACAACAGGCAGUACACACCCUCCAGCCAACAAGCUCACCCUGACUGCCUGGAAGGCAGUGAGCAGUUCUACCUGGACGAAAACAAGACGGCUGCCUCUUACGCCAGUGUUCUGCGGGCUCCGCCCCCGUCCAGCCCAGGUCCCUCCCCCGAACUGCCAAAGAAGGCCAACGACCCUCUGACCCUCCUGCAGGACCUGAGCAAACGUUCUGGUCACAGCGACAGCGGCUUCUACUCAUACUUCCAGUGAAACCUCUUAUGUAUUAUUAUUAUUAUUUUUUUUCUUAAUAAUGCACUUUUUUUUGUUUUGUUUUUUUGGGGAAAAAAACAUAUACUAAAGAUUUAUGUUUGUUUGAUAUUUCACAUAACAUAUAUCUCUUUUUACAUUUACUUUUGAUGCAUGGUUUUUGAAAGCAUUAAUGUAUUUUUUCUUUUUUUUAUGGGGGGAUGGAAGGGUUAAUCCUUGUUUCAAAAAAUAUAGUUAUUACUUUUUCUGGAAAAGAGGGAUGUUUUGAAAUUCGAUUCUUGAGAGUGUAGCCUUUCAGCAGAGCCGCCAAGAUGUCCGCUUACCAGAGCUGCUUCAGCUUCUCCAAUGGUAUCAUAAUCCGGUACAGUGUACUUAGACUAGAAUGUUGUGAUCAAAACAAUGAAUUGAGAUCAGUUACUAUAAUUUAGUAUUUGUUCUCUUUUUUUGCAUUGUAAUAUGCUGACUAGUAUUGAGUUACUUCUUCCAUAUAAGUGGAAUUUGUGUAUUUAGCUUUACAGAAUUCCAAUAUUUAUAUAACGGUAUUUUUGAAGACACUUUGCUAUUUUUUUCCCAUAAUGCACUAUGAGUUAAAUCUAUGACAUUUUUCCGUAAAUGAAUUCCGUAUCAUGUGUAAGCACUUUAUAUUCAUUCGAAUGCUAUCCUCUGUUCUAGUAAACCUUUAUUUUGUUUUGCUUUGGACACGUGUACGUAUUUGAAAUCUUUUGAUGUUUAAAUGUUUUGACUUUUUUGCACACAAAAGGGAUUGUUUUGGGCAUAUUGAUCUUUUAUUUUGGCUACAGUAUAUGUUAUUUUUUUUAUUUAAUGGAUACUUUAAAGGAAAACAAAUAAGUAAAUAUUUUGGUGAACAGAA